GAAUUCUUCUCGUAAACAAAUACUAUUAUCAGAUUCUAUCUUGGAUCAAUUCUCUUUAUCAAGUGCACCCAAAUUACAUAGUUUUUUAGAAUUAUUUAAACGGGUUGAUUUGGAAAGAAAAAAGAAAGAGUUAGAAGCAAAUAAAACACCUGAUCGAUAUGGAGUUACAUAUGCUGUUGGCAGAAGAAAAGAGGCUGCCGCACAAGUAUGGUUAGUCGAAGGCGAUGGCAAAGUGUUUGUUAAUAGUACUCCAGUAGCGGAUUAUUUCUCUUUACUAAAAGAACGUGAAACAGUCUUAUAUCCAUUGUAUUUGACUGAUUCGCUUCAUAAAUAUAAUGUAUGGGUCAAAGUCAAAGGUGGUGGUACAUCUGGUCAAGCCGGAGCUAUUGCUCAUGGGAUCACCAAAAAUUUGAUAAUACACGAUCCAUCCCUGAAGCCAGAUUUACGAAAAG